GGUGCGAGAAGGACUGCUCGCAAUCCUGAAGGGAAAGUUCCAAUCCUCAGAAAACGUCGCGAGGUGAGGUGAAGAUCGGAAAAUGUGGAGAUUCCGAGCUCUCGCGCAGAUCUCUAAUGGCGGCUAGUCUCCGACCUUCUCGUCAGCCCCUAUCCGUUACUCCGAAGUCCAAAUCUCCCGAUCAUAAUAAUACAUCCCAGAAAUCUGGCGAACCCCAAGAUCCUCUGAUGUUUUUCUAGCCACUCUAUUCCGCCAUGGGCCGCCUCGGUCUCCAGAACCUUGGCAUAAACCCAAUCCUGGAAGAAUCCCUCGCCGAUGACGGAGGCAACCGAUUAUUCCCAUUGCCGGAGUUGGCGGAAUCCUCGUCCUCCUCUUGUGGUCAUGCGAUGGCCUGCAUGUUAAACUCAGAGGUCAGCGCCGUCCUCGCCGUGAUGCGUCGCAACGUCCGGUGGGGAGGCCGCUACGCCUCUGCUGGUGAUGACCACCUGGAUCACUCCCUCAUCCAAUCCUUCAAAUUCCUUCGCCGCCAGCUCUUCAACUGGGACCCCAAUCGAUGGAGUUCCAUCGAGCCGACUCUCUACCUCCGUCCUUUCCUCGACGUCAUCCGCUCCGAUGAAACCGGCGCACCGAUUACCGGUGUUGCCCUUUCUUCUAUACACAAAAUUCUCUCCUUCGAGAUGUUCGACGCUGAAUCUGCCCACGUUGAGGAGGCGAUGAACGCUAUCGUGGAUGCGGUGACAAGCUGCCGGUUUGAGGUAACCGAUCCGGUCUCUGAGGAAGCGGUGUUGGUGAAGAUAUUACAGUCGUUGCUUGCGUGCAUGAGGUGCCGGGCUUGUAAAGUUUUGAGCAACCAGCAUGUUUGUACCAUUGUGAACACUUGCUUUAGGGUUGUUAAUCAGGCGGGGACAAAGGGUGAGCUUUUGCAGAGGAUAUCCCGCCAUACGAUGCAUGAGCUUGUCCGGUGCAUCUUCUCUCAUUUGCCGGAAGUCAGUGAAAGAACUUUCAAGGCUUCAUCUAAUGCGGAGAUGGUUGCUUUCGAAAAGGAUGAGUCUUUUGGAUUGCAACAACUAGGCAAGAGUAACGGGAAUUUGGGCUUAAUGACGUCCUCAGUAAAUGAUAAUGUAGUGGGGUUGGAAACACCCGAUGGUACAAGAGCAAUGACCGAACCAUAUGGAAUACCAUGUAUGGUGGAGAUCUUCCACUUCUUGUGCUCUCUACUGAAUAUUGCUGAUGAGAUUGGGAUUAGUCCCUGGACAAACCAUAUGGCUUUGGAUGAAGAUGUGCCGCUUUUCGCUCUUGGGAUGAUCAACUCAGUUAUUGAGCUGGGGAGAUCUUCAAUACGAAGGCAUCCUAAGCUGAUUGCUUUGAUCCAGGAUGAGCUUUUUCGGAAUCUAAUGCAGUUCGGCCUAUCGAUCAGUCCAUUACUACUAUCCACAGUGUGCAGUAUAGUUCUGAAUCUCUACUACCACUUGCGAACAGAACUUAAACUGCAGCUUGAAGCAUUCUUCUCAUGUGUGAUCUUAAGGUUGGCACAGGGAAAGAAUGGGGUUAGUUACCAUCAGCAAGAAGUGGCUUUGGAGUCCUUAGUGGACUUUUGCAGGCAGAAGACUUUCAUGGCAGAGAUGUAUUCCAACCUGGACUGUGAUAUAACUUGCUGCAACAUGUUUGAAGAAAUCACCAAUCUAUUGUCAAGAUGUGCAUUCCCGGUGAACUCCUCAUUAUCUAUGACGCAUAUUCUAGCCUUGGAAGGUCUUAUUGCUGUGAUUCAGGGAAUGGUGCAAAGAAUAGGCAACCUGCCUCCUAAUUCACAACAACCUCUACUGGAACUGCAUGAAUAUACUCCAUUUUGGUGUGUGAAGUGUGAGAACUAUUCUGAUCCUGAGCAUUGGCUUGAAUUUGUUCGUCGUAGAAAGUUCAUCAAGAGGAGGCUAAUGAAUGGUGCUGAUCAUUUUAAUAGGGAUCCAAAGAAGGGGCUUGAAUUUCUGCAGGGAAUUCAUCUAUUGCCUGAGAAACUUGACCCUAAGAGUGUGGCUUGUGUCUUCAGAUACACUGUUGGGUUGGAUAAAAACCUUGUUGGGGAUUUCUUGGGUAACCACGAUGAGUUUUGUGUACAGGUCCUUCAUGAAUUUGCUGGUACAUUUGAUUUCCAGGAUAUGAAUCUUGAUACCGCUUUAAGAAUCUUCCUAGAGACAUUCCGCUUGCCCGGUGAGUCGCAGAAGAUACAGAGAGUGCUUGAGGCUUUCUCCGAGAGAUAUUAUGAGCAGUCACCCCAUAUUCUUGUCAACAAGGAUGCUGCCCUUUUAUUAUCAUACUCACUCAUAAUGCUAAACACAGAUCAGCACAAUAUGCAGGUAAAGAAGAAGAUGACAGAAGAGGACUUCAUAAGAAACAACCGACUCAUUAAUGGUGGAAAUGACCUGCCCAGAGAAUUCUUGUCCGAACUUUACCAUUCGAUAUGUAAGAAUGAAAUAAGGAUUACCCCUGAUCCAGGUUUUGGUGUUCCUGAAAUGUCCCCGAGCCGCUGGACUGAUCUAAUGAGAAAGUCAAAAGUGACAUCUCCAUAUGUUGUUUAUGAUUCCAGGCCAUACCUUGAUCGUGAUAUGUUAGCAAUCAUGUCAGGUCCCUCCAUAGCUGCUCUUUCUGUGGUGUUCGAUCAUGCACAGAAUGAAGAUGUUCUGCUUACUUGUGUGGAUGGUUUCUUGGCAAUGGGAAAGAUAUCUGCAUACUACCAUCUUGGAGACGUAUUAGAUGACCUCGUUGUAUCUCUCUGCAAGUUCACAAACUUGUUGAACAGUUCUAUGUUUGAUGAACCUAUUACAGCAUUUGGGGAUGACACAAAAGCUAGGCUGACAACCGAGACAGUUUUUAACAUAGCAAAUAAUUAUGGUGAUCAUAUCCGCACUGGUUGGAGAAAUAUCCUUGAUUGCAUUUUGAGAUUGCAUAAAGUAGGCCUUCUUUCUGCACAGUUGGCUACUGAUGCAGCUGCUGAUGUAGAACCAACUGAAGAUGCAGAACCUGGAAAACCUCCCAUGAACUCUGUCUCAGCAUCCAAUAUUCCAUCUGUGGGUAUAACUCGUAGAUCCUCUGGUCUUAUGGGGAGGUUUAGCCAGUUACUUUAUUUUGACACAGAGGAACUGAAAAUAGAACCAACGGAACAGCAACUCGCUGCUCAUCAGAGAGCACUUCAGACCAUUCAGAAGUGCCACAUAAAUAAUAUAUUCACAGAAAGCAAGUUCCUUCAUGCUGAUUCAUUACUGCAUCUUGCAAGGGCCCUUAUCCUGGAAGCAGAUAGGCCUCCAAAUUUCAGCAGUUCACCAGAAGAUGAAGACACAGCGGUUUUCUGCUUGGAGCUGCUCAUUGCUAUCACAUUGAAUAAUCGAGAUAGAAUUGCUCUUCUUUGGCAGGAUGUGUAUAAACACAUAGCGAAUAUAGUCCAGUCUAUCGCAAUGCCAUGUGCUCUUAUAGAGAAGGCAGUGUUUGGACUUCUUAGAAUCUGUCAGCGACUACUUCCAUACAAAGAGGAUCUGACUGAUGAGCUUCUCAAGUCACUUCAGUUGGUGUUGAAACUUGAUGCCCGUGUAGCCGAUGUUUACUGCGAGAAUAUUACACAGGAAGUUACACGAUUGGUGAAAGCAAAUUCUACUCACAUAAAGUCUCAGAUGGGGUGGAAGUCGAUUAUCUCGUUGCUGUCGAUCGCCGCCCGCCACCCCGACGCUUCUGAAUUUGGUUUUGAAGGACUGGUCUUUAUCAUGUCUGAUGGGGCUCACCUCUCACCAGCUAACUACAUUCUUUGUAUUGAAGCAUCGCGACAAUUUGCAGAAUCUCGUGUUGGGCUCAUCGAGAGAUCCACUCGUGCACUUGAUCUGAUGGCUGAGUCUACCAUCUGUCUUAUUCGCUGGUCUCAAGAGACUAAAAAAGCUGGUGGAGAAGCUGAGAAAAUAACUGAAGGAAUUCAAGAGUUGUGGUUACAGCUUAUCCAAGCUCUGAGAAAGGUGACAUUGGAUCAAAGAGAGGAAGUGAGAAAUCAUGCCGUGGCAUUAUUGCAGAAGUGUCUGGCAGGAGUAGAGGGGAUCAGCUUCUCACCCUCAGUUCGGCUUCAAUCUUUUGAUAUUGUUAUAUUUAAGAUGCUUGAUAACUUACUGGAAAUCGCGCAGGGCCCGUCGCAGAAGGAUUAUCGAAACAUGGAGGUAACUCUUGUCCAUGCCAUUAAGUUAGUUUCCAAGGUAUUUUUGCACCUGCUGCAUGAGCUCUGUGGACUAAGCAGCUUCUGCAAGCUUUGGCUCGGGAUUCUUAGUCGCAUGGAGAGGUUCAUGAAGAUAAAAUUUAGAGGUAAAAGAAGCGAGAAACUCCAAGAGUUGGUCCCUGAAUUGCUCAAGAACAUUUUGCUAGUGAUGAAAUCAACGGGAGUUCUGGUUCAAAAUAGCACAGUAGGUGGAGACAGUUUGUGGGAAUUAACAUGGUUCCAUCUGAACAAGUUUGCUCCGUCACUUCAAUCAGAAGUAUUUCCUGAAGGUGAAUUGGAGCAGAAGGAUCACAGUAACCAGCCAAAAACUGAUGGAAGCGGUUGAGGAAUUGAGCACGGUAAUCUAGCAGAAGGUUAAGUUUUGUUUUUGUUUUUGUUUUUUUUUUUCCAUAACUUAUAACGUCUUUCAUGUACAAAUCUUAUGAUUUCUUUUUUAAAAGGUGGAAAACUAGUUCUUACAGGCCAUUGAUGAAAGAAAGAAAUAUGAUAAUCACAUUUCAUUCAGGUAUUA